CUUCCGUUCAGAGGGGGAAAUGGAGGAUGAUUAGAUAGUUCCAAGCUAGGUUAGCAUAAAUAAUGUAUUUAUUAAAGUAGCCUGUUCGCCAGUUGUUGCAAUGAAUUAGGACUUUACUGACCGUUUUUUAAAACGUCUCGGGGCUGGUUGGAUAUUGGGGUAUCAGUGAUGUAUGCCUCGGGGAAAUACAGCUCGCGGGGCCCCGCUCUAAUCCCCCGGAUGAAAACCAAGCACCGGAUAUACUACAUCGUCCUCUUCUCUGUGGUGCUCCUCGGACUAAUUGCCACCGGGAUGUUUCAGUUUUGGCCCCACUCAAUUGAAUCCACAGCUGAUUGGACCGUUGAUAAACGCAGUGUCCACGACGCACCUCUUAUCCGGCUGCCUGUAUCCAGUCCCAUACCUGAGAGGGGUGACCUUAGUUGUCGAAUGCACACUUGUUUUGAUGUGUAUAGAUGUGGCUACAAUCCUAAGAACAGGAUCAAGGUCUACAUCUACCCUUUACAGAGAUUUGUGGAUGACUUGGGAGUUCCUAUCAGCAGCACAGGACUGUCACGAGAAUACAAUGACCUGCUCAGUGCCAUCUCUGAUAGUGACUUUUACACUGAUGAUGUCACCAGGGCCUGUCUUUUUAUUCCAUCUAUUGAUGUGCUGAAUCAGAACUCCCUACGUAUCAGAGAGACUGCGCAAGCAUUUGCAAUGCUGCCCAGAUGGGACAAAGGGAUGAAUCACCUACUUUUUAACAUGUUACCUGGAGGUCCUCCUGACUAUAACACUGCGCUGGAUGUACCAAGGGACAGAGCACUUUUGGCUGGAGGUGGUUUUUCUACAUGGACCUACAGACAAGGUUAUGAUGUCAGCAUCCCAGUUUACAGCCCCCUUUCUGCCGAUGUUGAGCUGCCGGAGAGACAGCCAGGGCCGCGUCGCUACUUUAUUCUUUCCUCUCAAACUGCCAUUCACCGAGAGUACCGUGCUGAACUGGAGCGUUUGAAAGAAGAAAAUGGAGAAGCUUUACUUCUCCUAGACAAGUGUAGUAACCUUUCCCAGGGUGCUGCCUCUGCACAAAAACGGUGCUACAAGGGCCAGGUGUAUGACUACCCACAGAUCCUUCAGGAAUCUUCAUUCUGUGUGGUCUUGAGAGGAGCACGUUUGGGUCAGGCUGCACUCAGCGAUGUGCUACAGGCUGGCUGUGUACCUGUUAUCCUGGCUGACUCCUACAUUCUGCCAUUCUCUGAAGUACUUGACUGGAAAAGGGCAUCUGUGGUUAUUCCAGAGGAAAAACUAUCAGAGAUGUACACCAUCCUGAAAAGCAUUCCUCACAGACAAGUUGAAGAAAUGCAGAGACAGGCACACUGGUUCUGGGAAGCCUACUUCAGCUCCAUGAAGGCUAUUGGCCUGACAACACUCCAGAUCAUCAAUGACCGCAUUUACCCAUAUGCUGCACGCACUUACGAGCAGUGGAACAACCCACCUGUAGUGAAGUGGUCCAGUGUGAACAGCCCUCUAUUCCUGCCGCUUAUCCCACCAAGGGCUCCGGGAUUCACAGCAGUGGUGCUGACCUACGAUCGUGUUGAGAGUCUUUUCAGGGUCAUCACAGAAAUCUCCAAGGUGCCAAGCUUGGCGAAGCUUUUGGUGGUGUGGAAUAACCAGAACAAGAGCCCUCCGGAGGAGUCUCUUUGGCCAAAAGUUGGUGUUCCUCUUAAAGUGGUGCGAACCAAAGAGAACAAACUGAGCAACCGUUUCUUCCCUUAUGAUGAGAUUGAGACAGAAGCUGUGCUAGCGAUUGAUGAUGACAUCAUCAUGCUGACAUCUGAUGAGUUGCAGUUUGGCUAUGAGGUGUGGAGGGAGUUCCCUGACAGGCUGGUAGGCUACCCAGGACGGCUGCACCUCUGGGACCAUGAAAUGGGGAAGUGGAAGUACGAGUCGGAGUGGACAAAUGAGGUCUCCAUGGUUCUGACGGGAGCUGCCUUCUACCACAAGUACUUCAACUAUUUGUACACAUACAAGAUGCCAGGGGACAUAAAGAACUGGGUGGACGCUCACAUGAACUGUGAAGAUAUUGCAAUGAACUUUCUGGUGGCUAACAUCACAGGAAAAGCUCCUAUAAAGGUGACCCCAAGGAAAAAGUUCAAGUGUCCUGAGUGUACUGCCAUUGAUGGACUCUCCCUCGAUCAGACACACAUGGUGGAGAGAUCUGAGUGCAUCAAUAAAUUUGCUUCAGUUUUUGGAACAAUGCCUCUGAAGGUAGUGGAGCACCGUGCAGACCCCGUGCUCUAUAAAGACGACUUUCCAGAGAAACUCAAGAGCUUUCCCAACAUUGGCAGCCUCUAACCUGCAUGCACCAAGUGUCCAGAGUUCUUCACACCUUCAACACUUUCAAGGCUUUUCAGCAACAUUGUCUUUCUUGUCAUGAUGCCAGUAACCUAUUCAAAUAACUUUUUUCCCUUUUAGUAAAAAUGCAGAAUGGUCUCAAACUGUUGAAAUCUUACUGUAAACUGGACAUGGCACAGUGUGUGAUGAGGGCAAAAUUUGUUAUUAAACAUUUAUGACACUCAUGUUAAAUUAAAUUCUGACCCUGAGUCUGAUAUUUGGUGGGGAAGCUUACUGAUUGGUCCCUCACUGUUGCUGUUUUAGAGCUGAACACUUGAGCCUCCAGCUGCUCUGGAAUCAGCAAAAUAUGGUGUGUAUAUAUUUGUACUUUGCAGCCGUGCUGUAUGAUAGUCAUAAUUUAUGAUCCUCCAAAAAGGUAUCUUUUUUUUUUUUGACUCAAAGCAGACAUGAACUCGAUUCUUUUUAGCUGUACUAUAUAUAUAUAUAUAUAUAUAUAUAUAUAUAUA